UUCAGUUCAUCGUCUGCUCCGGUGGCGUUCGGUUGAAAAGUUUGCGUCGCGGCGCCGUUCUUUCGAUUCGCGGUAUUCAUUUUAUUCCCCAAGAGGGUCAAUAUCAAAUUGAGUCGUACCACAAUCUGGGAUUCGAACAUUCGAAACUUGUUGAUUUUUGUGAAAGUUUAUCAACUGCCCCAUUUGUUGGUGGAAAAAAUUCUAGCUUACGAUUUCCUUCAUCGAACCACUAUCUUCGAGAUAGAUAAUGUGCGAAAUUCGUUAAUCGACUAAAGAACAUCGCGCGCACAUGUAAACAAAUAUCGAAGUGUUACAAUUCAAAUCCUCUACCCCUCAACAAACGAUCGACAGCGCACGCCAUACGCCUCACGCCUCGUCGAUCGUGAAACCCCUGUAAUGUGUGUAAAUUUUUCGCGCCAACGCGUGAGAUUGAUGAUGUGAUGCUGUUUCGGUUAGCAGAAUUCGAAUGAUCGGGGUUUUUUCUGCGUCUUCUGGCUGAUUUAACUCACCGGUUUCGAUCUAUUUUUUUCUGCUUCUUCUCCUGACCACACUCGAAGGGUGCGGAAGGAAGUUUGAUGCGUGUGUUUGCAUUUGGAGGUUACAUUCCUACCACCGCCAGUUUUUUCUCUUCUCGUGUCGAUUAAGAAUAUUUUGGACCUACCAGACGGGCGCGUUGGUCUAGUUCUGUUUUGUUCGUACUUUGCCCAGCCGGUUUUUUUUUCUUACCUACUUAAUGAGAUGUGUUAAAAAUAAAUCAUCACCAAAAAUAAUAACAACAAAAGCAAAGUUAUUAUCAGUGAGUCGCGUGAGCAUAUUUUACCAGCCAAUGUUGAGUCAAAAUUGUAUCAAACGAGGCUCAAAUUGAUUGAAAAAAGAAGAAGUAAAAAAAGAGUUUCUGUUUAGAUAAGACGUGAUAAGUGAUAGCGCACAGUUUUGCUAAUCGAGUGGAGUAGAGCCGAAAAGUUAUACCUUCAUACUUACAUUCUAUCGAUUGUGUGGCGCGCGGAAAUCCUUGGAAGAAGAUUGGCCGUGUCGUUUCAAGUGUUUGAUUUACCUUUAAUAGAAGAGGUUGCUGGAAUAGUAUUGAUCUCAACUCGGGAUCCCGUGAUCAAAGGCAUUUCUCGACUUCCGACCGUGCUACCGCGAAACCAGUGAACGCGACGUGUUUUGUGAGAAAUCUAUCAAUAAUGCUUUAGUAAAUGUUUCCCCGAAAUAAAGAAGAUUCGUAUCCGUCCAUGCAUAAAAUGCAACCAUUUCAGUAUGAAAGUGAGAAGCUCUGAAUAGUCGGAUUGAAAGUUUUCCCAGAUAAAUAUGUGCCCACGUGUGCUGCUCUGGCAUCAGCAGCAUCCGCUUCAGCUCAUCAGCUGCCACUGGAUGAGAAGACGAAAAUUGAAAGUGUGUCACUUGUUGGCAACCUGGGUGGUCUUCAGUAGUUUUCUAUUGCAACUGUCAGUGCAUCAUGCUAGCGCGAAAUGUCACAGUCGGGUUCCGCGGGCUUGCGAGGCAAUUUGUAUCAACUCCGAGACGACGACAGCAACGACAUCGUCCUCCAGCGAUGGGCAUGGACAUGAGUGGAAAUGUGAACUGCGGAUCAUUGUGAUAAUGCCCAGCAACACCAGCAUCGAGGCAUCCUAUCCACGUGUCCAUCCGGUGCUGCUGAAAUCCGAGGAAUAUAUUAGAUCUCAGCAAAUUAUCCCGCCCUCGGUGGCCAUCAGGUGGAUUCACUAUGACGACAAAUGUGACCAAGCCCGGGCAACCGUAUCGGCCAUGGAUGGUACCGGACUCGAGUGCGGUCAUGUCAUUCUCGGACCAACCUGUGAUCUGGCUUUGGCACCUGUUGCUCGAAUCGGCCGUUUCAUCAACAACGCGGGCGUCCCAGUGAUUACCGGAGCUGGAUACACGUUCGAUUUCGUCCAACGGAAAACGCUCUGCGAGGACGAGUUUUUUAUGCUCAUUCGCACCGGGUCGCUUAGCUUUAAGCGUAUCGCCUUCUUCAUGAUAGAUCUGCUCCGAUAG